AUGGAACUUCACAUCGAUUUGGCAAGCGAUCGGACAAAUCGUCGCAGGCUGCAAAACCGCAUGGCACAACGCAAAUUUCGUCCUCGCGCAGAGGCUUCCAACCAACACGCGGCAGAUACAACUCCGCCACUUCAUGACGCCUUGGAUAACGAUAGCGUCGGCAUCCCAUUAUCAGGAUCACAGCUGGUUUUCCAACAUGAACCACAUAUUUCUCCUCCAGCAACUACAACUCAAGCUUUCUACCAUACAACAGCAUCGCUGGGCCAGACGCGGAGUGCACCCUUCAUUCAGAACGCAGGAUCCUCCGCUGGUAGUGACAGCCCGGGACUAGGUGAUUUCGCUUUGAUCGAGACCCAUCUUCCCAGCGGCAGCAGUUCGCUAUCUAGUUAUCGCACCCAAUUUGGACAUUCGUUGGGCUUCGACACAUCAAACACAUCGCGGACAAGCCAGGCUGAUGUGGAUUAUUUGCUUGGGCUUGCCUCGAGCGGAUUCUGUGGUAGUCCAGGGCAGCUGCAUCCAGCCCAACACACCACGGCCAGAGUGCCCAGAGCGCUUGAACAGCCGGAAGCUACCACCGCGAGAUCUAAGCAAGAUUCAUCGGACCCGACUGGUAGAUCAAGCUCCGAUGGCAGUCCCACCCCACGCAGCAAUAAUCCCUCUUCCUCUUCCGGAUCCUCGCCCAGUACUAACGGCGGUGCACUAGCCGGUGCAUCUCCAUCAUCCGGAGAUAAUCAAACCCCUGUUUCUGAUCGUGGGUGGCUUGGAACUUUACACAUUGCGGCACGUCGAGGUCAUGAGCGAAUAGUUAGGAGACUCAUGGAGCGCGACGUCGACUGCAACGAAAAGGACAGUGACGGUCGAACUGCACUAAUCCACGCAUCCAUAGAGGGCCAUGAAGCAGUUGCUAGAAUAUUGCUUCAGGCGGGGGCUCGCAUCAGCGACCUUGACCGACGAAAACGCUCAGCCUUACAUUGGGCUGUUUUAGGAAGUCACGAAGCGGUGUUGAGACUACUCCUCGAGCACUAUACACAGAGAAACUGGGAGCAUAGCUUAGAUGCGUAUGAUGAGCUUGGGUGGACGGCGUUACACAUUGCCGUUGAGAAGGACUUUGAGAGUGCCGUCUUGAUGUUGUUAGAGGCCGGCGCUGACUUACACGCAAAAGCACGAAAGACGUGUAAUGGCGAUAAUGACGAGGGGGAUACUAGGAUACAGGCCAACUCUCAGAAUGUCAUUAAAGAUCGAUAG